UUCAAAGUCAAUUUUUGGUCAAAAUCUUUGAGAGUUAGCGCAGAUUCAGCGCUGAAAUGGCUGUUUCUAAGAAAGCUGCAGUGCGACUUGAAGCAGAUAUUGAGAAGUAUAGAGUAGAGUGUAACUGGGAGAAGGUCACUGAGCUUAUUAAAAACUCCAAAACCAAGAUUCCCGCACUGGAAACAUUGACACAUUUAUCCCUCGGAGAAAGUGAGUUAGAGCUGUACUUAUUACAGAAUCCACCCACCUCGACCAAUUUCAAAGAAGCUAAGAAGGAGCUAGCCAACGCUAAGCAUCAUCUACAAGUAGCAUCAAAGGCAGGCAGCAAGCAUGUACUGCGUCUGGAUGCUCACUUGCUCCUGGCAAAGUUACAAUAUGCUUUGGGUGAAUAUGAAGACGUCUUGAAGCACUUUGAGAAAAUUCAGCUGGAGCAGACGACAAAGUCAGCCAUGUCUUGUACAAGACUCAAGCUAGUGGCCGAGGCGUUUGCCAUUAAGGGAAUGUGCAAGGAGAAUCUGUUAUCUUCCAUUAAUGAUAAAGCAGAGAAGGAGAGGAUCCAGGAGGAUAUCGUAUUCUGCUUUGAGAAAGCUGGAGAUAUGGCUCUGCUGUAUCUACAGGAGGUGGACAAAGGUCGUGGAGCGGGGUCGGUGCUGUCAUCCACUAGUAGCCUGGGUGGAAGCGGCAAUCUCGUCGGUCCAGUGUUGGAGACUGCAGUGCAGAGGGCUCCAUUACUUCACAUACAAGAAGGGAAGUUGGAUAAAGGUAUUAGCCGGUUUCGUCAGAUCCUGAAGGCUGUUGAGGCACGGACAUCCCAGGGGAUCCGUACCACCAUGGCUAGAGAACUGGCUGAGGUACUCCUCAGAGGUGUUUGUAAGCACAGAUACAUUCCGCCCCUCACUGAGAAAGAGACUGCAGAAGACAGGUCUAGUACCUCAGGUUCUCUAUCUCGAGGAGCAGGCAAUGCAUCCCUCUCAUCUCUCAGACCAGUCAGCUCCAGGGGCUCUUUCAAGCCAAAAAUGUACACCACAGAGAGCCGUCCCAGCCACUGUCCUGAUGAUCUCCUGUUUAUACCCAAGAGUGUGGAGGAAGAAGCGUUGCUGUUGCUACUCAUCAGUGAACUUCAGGUCAAUCGGGAUGUUGUCUUGAGUCGUUCUAAAGAGCAUUCUCAGAGUAGAGAGCACACGUUUCUUCAUGCUACUGCCGUCUAUGACUUACUUGCCAUAACACUUUCAAGGAGGGUCCAGUACAACAUGCUUGCAGAUGUUUUGGACGGAACAAUGAAAUUUUCCUGUCGUGAGUUCCACAUGUGGCACCAGUUUGCAUUGGCUCUAAUCAGUGCUGGAAGGAAUUCCAGAGGCCUGCUGGUACUGCGUGAAUGUGUGAAGAUGGAACCCCAGAAUGUAUCGGUGCUACUGCAAGCUGCUAAACUCUGCUUAGAAAAACUCAAUAUGAUAACUGAAGGGAUAGAGUUUGCUGAGAAGGCUGUUGCACUUGGUGACAGUGGGAUGUUUAGUGCAAGGAGCUACAUGUGGCUUGGCAUAGGCUAUGCCUUAAAAGCCAACGAAGCAACAAUCCACACCUUGAGACAAGAACUUCAGAAGAAGUCUCUGACGGCACUGAAUAAGUCCCACUCACUGGAUAGUAACGAUCAUCUAGUUCUAUUCCACAUCGCUAUGCAAUUAGCCAUUUCUAGACAGAUUCCAGAAGCCCUUCUGAAGGUACAAGAGUCUCUGAGACUAAACGGUGACCACAUUCCAUCGUUACACUUGCUUGCCCUCCUACUAUCAUCCCAGAAACAGUAUAGAGAAGCACUGGACUUAAUGGAGAUGGCCUGUCACCAGCUUCCUGACAACAUCAACCUGCUCUUCACUAAGGUUAAACUGGAGGAAUUACAGAUCGGCCCUGAGGAAGCGUUGAUGACAUGUAAAACAAUGCUGUCUACGUGGAAAGGAACCUUUGAAGCUUCACAAAAUGAUGAAUCAAGUCAUGGUGCAGGGCGUACGGACAGAGCUUAUAGUGACAAGAGGAGUGCAGCCCAGAUACAUCUGUCAGAGUACAGUGACAGGGACUCGGGCUCCAUUCACAAUUCCAUUGCUGCGUCCCGCGUGGAGCACGCCCUCUCUGAAAUAGCGUCUUCCGAAGGGAGUUCCAUCCCGAAGCACGGACGCUCUCAACAAAUCUGGAUGAUGCAGGCCCAGAUCUGGAUGGAAAUUGCCGAGUUUUAUCUGAGUCUGGAUAAGUCCAAUGAGGCCAAGAACUGCAUCCAAGAAGCUACACUGCUCUUCCCUAUGUCUCAUCACAUACUCUCUGUGCGUGGUGCUGUUCACGAGUACAACCAGGAGUACCCAGAGGCCAAGAACUGCUACGACAACGCCCUAGCCAUCAACCCGUCCCACAUCAAGACCAUGCAGGGACUGGGAGCUGUACUUCUCUGCCUGGAACAGUAUGAGAUGGCUGAGAAAGUUCUGAGGGACGCUGUCAAUAUCGAUCCCACUGCUCAUAUGUCAUGGAUCAAUCUGGGCAAGGUACUAGAGUCGCAGGGUGAGUAUGAGUCCGCCAGUGACUGCCUCCUGACAGGGCUACAGCUUGAGUCAACCUGCCCUGUCCAACCCUUCACAACGGUCAGCAGAUUCCUCUGAAGAACUUUCGCCCUGAAAUAAAUACAGAGCUUGUUCGGCAUUCCUAUAGUAGUUUAUUUAUAAUUUUAUAUUAAUAUAUAAAUAAAGGUUUCCUUUAAAGAAGGACCAGUCUGGUUCGAAAGCUAAGGCCAUCUAUCCUACUAGUUAAUAUGUAAAUAUAGAUAUAUUGAUUUUUAUCACAGGCUUAUCAGAUUCUUAUCAUGUGAUUUUCAAGAAUAUUUCCUAGUCUCUUUGAGCCUUCAAAUAUUCUUGAAAGGAGUAAAGCAAUCACCAAAGGGAAAAAGAAAUGGGCUGCCUUGUGUCCAAACCUGUAGUCUUAUAUUUCUGGUGAUAGCAGAGUCUGUAAAACCUCAUGGAGUGUAACAUUAUAGGGUGUUCUGGGUCUAGAAUAUGGGGAAACUGGAGAGAAUAGAAAGAUGUUUAUCAGAUUCAUAGUCUACACAACUCACAAAGGUAUUACGCAGUGACAUAUUAUUAUGCAAUUGUUUAGUCCAGUCGUGAGUUUACUGGCCUCACACUAAACUAAAAUCACUUAAUUUUGAGCCGUGCUCUAUUGUAGCAUAAAGAUUGGGGGGG